AUACACGGAGAAAAAACGGGAGAAAAAAAACGGGGAGAAAAAACGGGGAUUUGUAGCGCAAGGGCGAUGCCAUACGGCGAAAGCACGCACUCGUACGAUUACAGUAAGAGCUCUUGCUGCAAUCGUACGAGUUCGUGCUUACGCCGUAAGGCAGUGCCCAUGCGUUAAAGACAUAGACCACUGCGUGCUACAAAGCCCUGUUUUUUCUCUCCGAAAAUAUAAAUAAAAAUCAGCAAUUGGAUGCAGACAGGCUUGACCGACAAGCGAAACGGAUGAAAAUAGCAAGUGAUGCUCAGCAUUUACCAUUGACAACAUGGUACAAUGUGACAAUUCCGAUAUCUGAUGUUGAUAGAAGUAAAACUGAUCUGCGAAAUCUUAUUGGUGUUAUAAUCGAUUUUACUGAAGAUAAUGACUACAAAGUUGGAACAAAGGAUGGAAUAAUUGCUCAAAUGUUCAUCCGAAACCAGAUCGCUUCAAAAAAUAAUAAUUUUUUUUCGUUGAAUGAAGGACAAGGCUUUGUAAAGUGCUCUUGCUUGCAAAAGUGCACCACUAAAAAUGUGCGUGUAGAAAAAAAAUGGUUUGUGCAGUUCGAAGUGCCACAACUCAAUGAGUUGUACAAAUAAGUAGCACUUUGUAUAAUAAAAAUAAUUGAAUUUGAAUAAAAAAAUAAUUUAAAAUACCUAUUUUGAAAUAUAAUAAUUUGUUCGAUAAAAAUAUUUAUUUAUUUAUUAAAGUUAUUUUUUAGUUUUCCCAGUACACCAUAAAUAGUUUUAACAACAUUGUACAAAACGCGUUGUACCGAGCUCCGUCAGUACAAGAAUAUCUGUAUAAAGCCCAGGAAUUUCAAGUUUGUACAAAAUGACCCGUACCAAUCGCGCUUUGUACAAAAAUCGUUGUACACACCGCGCUCUGUACAAUUCCAGGCUUGGUACGCAACAAAGACACUUUGAGAACUUUAACAGAUUUACUCAGAAAAGACUGCGUUAAGCAAUUUAAGACAACACAUGAUGCGAAGCUUCAGGAUAGAAAAGAUUUAAAUUCAGUACUUUCAAUAAAAAAAUUCUAGAGUGAGAAGGUGCUUUGUUAAUAUAUGUAUGAUUCACGAUUACCGGAAAAUUAAUGGGACUUAGCAUUGUCAGCUGCUGUUUAUGUGUAUAAUUGGAUCCCUCAUAAAUCAAAUAAUAUGAUCAUUCCUCUACAAAAAUUUAAUCCUAAUCAUAAUUUUAAUAUCAAACAAAUUAAAAGAUUCGGGUGCAUUGCUUGUAUUAAAGUACAAAGACGAGUAAGAUCCAAAUUUCGAGCAGAGGGAAGGAGAGUCGUAUUAGUAGGAUAUACACCGACUGAAUAUUAAUUGCUAAAGCCAAAAGAUAGAAAAUUUUAUGAAAGUCAACAUGUAAGGUUCAAUCAAAAAUUAGUAUAUGGUGACAAAUAUGAA